AAUUUAUUAUGUAAUCGAACGAUUCGCGGGGAGAGCAAAAACCCUUGCUACUUACGCUCUCAGAUGCAGCGUCUCUUCUGAAAACCCUAGAAGCUAGAAGCAGAGCCAGCCACUUUUUCAUUGCACGAGUCCAGUACCAUCGCUUCGAUCCAAUCUCCAAAGAUGAAGUUGGUCGCUGCAUUUUUACUAGCUGUUUUGGGAGGGAACUCUACUCCAUCUGCCAAUGAUUUGAAGAAGAUUCUUUCGUCAGUUGGAGCCGAGGCUGAUGACGAUAGGAUUAGCUUUCUCUUGUCUGAAUUGGAGGGAAAAGAUAUUACAGAGGUGAUUGCCUCUGGAAGAGAAAAGUUGGCAUCCGUGCCUUCUGGUGGUGGUGCAGUCGCUGUUUCUGCACCGUCAGCCAGCGGUGGUGGUGGUGGUGCUGCUCCCGCUGCUGAGGCAAAGAAAGAGGAGAAGGUUGAAGAGAAAGAGGAAUCCGAUGAUGAUAUGGGUUUCAGCCUUUUCGACUAAAACUGAGACAUCUUAUCUUUAGAACGUUUUUGGUCUCUAGGGUUGAUUUGGUUUGAGUUUAGAUGGGAAAAUUAAAAUGUUUACGAGAUAAUUUGUAGUUGGAUGUUGCUCAAGGACUCGCAGAUUGCUACCUUUUUGUUUUCAUAGUUGCAAUUUUAAUUGGUUAGAUUUCUUUUGCUUUGUUUUGGAA